AUGCCAUAUCCCGUAUAUAAAUUAUAUCGACGUAGAUUUUAUGUAUUAUUUAUAUUUUCAUUUCUUUCAUUUAAUCAAUGUCUUUUUUGGAUAACAUUUUCUCCAAUAUCAAAUAAAGCAGAAAAAUAUUAUAAUAUAAAUGAAUCAACAAUUGAAUUUUUUUUGGCUUGGGGACCUAUAUUAUUUAUUCCGUGUCUUCCAUUAUCUUAUUUAUUAUUAAAUAGACAUAAUGGACUUCGAUAUUGUGUUAUAUUAUUAUCAAUAAUACCUUUAAUAGCAACAAUAAUUCGUAUAAUACCUUCAAUAAUAAUAUCAAAAGAAAAUCCAAAAUUUGGUUUAAUAUCAUUACCAUUUUUGCAUAUUGGUCAAAUAUUAAAUGCAAUAUGUGGUCCAUUAGCAAUGGCACCAGUAUCACAAUUAUCUUGCUUAUGGUUUGAUACAAAUGAACGAACACGUGCAACAACAGUAGCUAUUAUGUCAUAUAAUUUAGGUUCAACAACUGGUUUUAUUUUAGGUCCAAAUGUUGUUUAUAAACCAGAAAAUAUUCCUUAUCUUCUUUAUAUUCAUUGUGGACUUGCAUUUAUUGCAUGUAUUAUUGCUCUUAUUUAUUUUCCUAUUCAACCACCUACUCCUCCAUCACCAGCUGCUGAGUUAUUAAUUUAUCGUCCAAUUAAUGAAGAAAGAAUUAAUUCAUUAAGAUCUUAUAUAAAAUCUAUUAAAGAUUGUUUUAGAAGACGUUCAUUUAUUCUUCUUGUUAUAUCAGGUGGUCUUAUUGGUGGAACAUAUGCAGCAUGGACAAGUUUAUUUGAUAUUAUUUUAACACCUGAAGGUUAUACUGAAAAAGAAUCAGGUUGGAUUGGUUUUAGUUCAUCAAUAGCUGAAAUAAUUGGUGGUUUAUGUUUAUCUGCAAUAGCUGAUAGGCCUCGUUUUCAUCGUUCAUUUAAAAUACUUAUUCUUAUAUGUUUUAUUUGUUAUUUUAUUUCUGUUAGUUGGUUUAAUUUAUCGAUUCAUACACUUUUUAUUGAUAAAUCAAUUAUUCCAUCAACUGCUAUUACCCUUGGUAUAUCAGUAACAUUAGCUGGUCUAUUUCAAGGUGGUGCACAACCAUUAACAUAUGAAGCACUUGCUGAAAUAAUGUAUCCAUUACCUGAAUCAUUAUCAGCAUCAAUUCUUGUUCUAUUUAUAAAUAUAAUAUCAUUAACUCUUUUCUUUAUUGCACGCAAACAAUCAAAAUUAAUGAAUUUUAUUAUAUUAAUAAUACUUGUUAUUUGUAUUACAUUAGUAUUAUUAACUAAAUUUCAUUAUAAUAGACGAGAUGCUGAUACAACAAGACGAAGUACAUUAAUACCAGAUGAUGUUGAUCCUUUAUAUCAUACAAAUCAAAUUGAUUCAAUUGAAAAUAUGUCUCAAAUAAAUCCUAUUUCUGAUUCAAUGAACAUGACUCCGAUUAUUGAUACAUUCAAUACAAAUGCUAUUCUCGAUGUAUCCAAUGCUUAA